AUGGGGCUCUUGCAGACGCCGGGGAGGGAUCUGGCGCGGGUGACGUUGACCUUGAACGUCAACUGGGGAUCGUUGCGGUCCUUGAUGAGGAUGCAGAGGCAACGGGGUUUCUUGCUGACGACGUGGUUCAGCCCCGAGCAGCAGUCCGGCGGCGGCGCCCUGGAGGUGCCCUCCACAUAG